CGCCUCCUUUCGUCACCCUCUCAGCUCAUGCUGCCUCUGCGAGGCAGCGCUACUCCACCAUCGCCCUUUGCCUGCUUCUUUUCCCCCCAAGGACUUCAUCCACAGCCGCCUCCAGGGCUAGAACAUUCUCCGACUGGACACAGCCACAGGUGGUGGGGAGGGAGAGGACCAGACAUUUUUAAACUCCUGCCCAAUUGUGAUGUAAAUGCUGUGUGACCCUCAGACAACAUGGGCAGUGUCCCUACUUGCCCUCACCACCACCAGCAAACCCAGCCUGAGUUAAGUCAUUCAUGAGUUGAGUAAGGCACCGAGUGGUAACAGUGCCGGAGAAGGGACCCCGGUGGCUGUUGUAGGCCAGGGAAGCCAGGUUCUGCUUCCAGGCAAGUCUCCCUCAUCCCCGAAGUCUCCAUCGAGCUGUUGGGAGAUAGUGCAAACCGGUCACCAAACUGCGGUCGCCAGAGCCCUUUGGUUUCAGGCCCCGGGCCCUCACUAAAUGCCCACAUGGCCAAGGGUAGCCUAGAAUUCCAGCGAGGAAUAGGCUGUGUGAGGUCAGCACGCAGAGCCCAGGGUCACAAUGCAGCCCUCCCCUUCGGCACUGGGGCCCCUGCGCUCAGCAGACACCUGCCAGGCUCCGCCUGGACCGGAGCGUCCUCCCGCCGCCAGGGCUCGGGCAGUUGCUUCCAGCCUGGGACCGGCCUCGGCCUCCGGCAGAGUGUCCCGGGCCCUGGACAUGAGUGCCCAGGAGACCCCACAGGGUCGAAGAUUCCCCAUUGAGGCCGGAGACUCCCCUGGCCUUGCCUCCGCCCCCGAGUCCCAGGACAGCCCGGAGCCAGUAGCUACGGAUCAUAACCCUGUCAGGCCGCUCCGACGCUGCCCGGGCUGCCACUGUCUGACGCUGCUGCACGUGCCCAUCGACGUCUACCUGGCCAUGGGCGGGAGCCCCCGGGCCCGUGCCACCUGAGUGCGCCUGUGCACGGCAGCUCCGCAGGAGCCGGGCAGGACGAGGCCAGUCGCGGGCCACCACGCUGAGGUCGCACGCGCCGAGCACGAGACAAUGAUGCACAUUUUAAAAUAAAAGAAUGAUGCACA